CUUCUUCUUGGCAACACUAGAUAUCGGGUCAUCAAAAAUGGCAGACGCACCGAUCGACUGUGAAUUCCCUGUUUGGGGAUUAUUACCGAAAAAAGAGACGGGAGUUGUCUCGUUUUUAAAUAAAAAUCCUCUCUACGAUGGCCGAGACACUGUUAUUGCAAUUUUUGAUUCAGGUGUCGACCCGGCAGCGUCUGGUCUUCAGGUGACGACCACGGGUGAGACGAAGGUUAUUGAGAGGUUUGACUGUAGUGGCUGUGGCGACGUGGACACUAGUACGGUUAUACGUAAAGUUGUUGACGGAUGUAUUACCGGCCUUACGGGGCGCAAAUUGAAGAUUCUAGAAUCUUGGAAGAACCCAUCAGGUGAAUGGAGGGUGGGUGUUCUGUACCCUUUCAGCUUGUAUCCGUCUAAGCUAAAGGAGCGCAUUCAGGAGCAUCGGAAGGAGCACUUGUGGGAUGUUGGACACAAGCCAGCUUAUGCUGAAUCUAACAAGCAGCUGCAGGAUUUUGAAAGUGAUGUUGUAUCAAAGAAUCCAACGCUUAGCCCGGAAGACAAGCUGCUUAAGGAGGAGUUGGAGACCAGGGUGGAAGUAUUACAAGCGGUUGAGAAGAAGUACUCAGAUCUUGGGCCUACUUAUGAUUGUGUGUUGUUCCAUGAUGGGACUUCUUGGAGAGCAUGCAUAGACACAUCAGAGAGCGGUGAUUUGGCCUCCGGUCCAUGCCUCGGCGAGUACAGCAUUACCCACGAGCACUCGCACCUGACGGAGCUGGACGAGAUGACGGUCUCCAUCAAUGUUCAUGACGAGGGACGCACGCUUGAGGUCGUCGCUAUGUGCUCGACCCACGGCACCCACGUGGCGGCCAUCGCAGCUGGCUACUUCCCCGACGAGCCAGACAAGAAUGGAGUCGCUCCCGGAGCCAAAAUCAUCUCCCUCACUAUUGGAGACAGUAGACUGGUUUCUAUGGAAACCGGCACAGCGCUGGUUAGAGCGUGUAUCAAAGUCAUGGAGCUUAGUAAAAAGAUGAAGAUUGACGUAAUUAAUAUGAGCUAUGGGGAGCAUGCUCAUUGGUGCAAUACUGGGCGGGUGGGCGACAUAAUCUGCGAGGUUGUGAACCGCUACGGCGUGUCGUGGGUGGUGUCGGCGGGCAACCACGGCCCGGCGCUCUGCACCGUCGGCGCGCCGCCGGACAUCGCGCAACCCGUCCUCAUUGGUGUUGGCGCAUACGUGUCCCCGGACAUGACGUCAGCAGCGUACUCGAUGCGCGCGCGCGUGGCGGGCGGCGCGUUCUCGUGGAGCUCGCGCGGGCCCUGCGCCGACGGCGCGCCCGGCGUCACCACGUGCGCGCCCGGCGGCGCCGUCGCCUCCGUAGCUAGGUUUACAUUAAAAAAUUCUCAACUAAUGAAUGGUACAUCGAUGGCCGCCCCUCACGUCGCCGGCAUUGUCGCGGCGCUCAUCUCUGGUCUAAAAGCCAAGGAGCUUCCAUACUCUCCAUACUCAAUAAAGAGAGCCAUAGAGAAUUCAGCAACGUUCCUUAACAGCGUCGAGCCGUGGGCGCAGGGUUGUGGACUUAUUAAUAUUGAAAAGACUUUCGAUCACCUCACAACAUAUCACGCCGAGCCGGAGCGUGACGUCACAAUCAGCGUGCAGUGCGGACCCCACAACGGCAAGGGCAUUCUGCUGCGACCCAAAUUGAACGAUGUGCCCAAGGACAUAGGGAUCACAAUCCAACCGCAGUUCUUGCAGAGCCAUCUGGAUAUGGAGAACAAAACGCUGAUACCACGGCAGAUCGACUUCGCCAUGAACCUGGCUCUGUCCUGCAAUGCCGAAUGGGUCUCUGCUCCGGCUUUCCUGUCCUUAGCGAAUACUCCAAGGCCUGUUUCUGUGAGGAUACAGACAGCUUCGUUACCAUCCGGACCUCAUUUCACAAGUAUCGACGCGUACGACACUAACUGCAUAGAGAAAGGGCCUGUGUUCAGGAUACCUAUAACCGUGUUGCAAGCUGAAUCAGCGCAGCCCGACUCCAAAGGCUUACUUCUGUCUGCGUCCGCCGUUUACGCGCCGCAUACCAUCAAGAGGCAUUUUAUUAUACCGCCUCUAGAAGCGACGUGGGGCGUCCUGAAGCUCACAACCAAGGACAAGGAGCAGACGGGCCGUUUCCUCAUCCACACCAUGCAGCUGUUGCCACACGAGAGUUGCCGCGCGCACGAGACGCAGAAGAUGAUCUCGGUCACCGCUGAGGCGCCCGCCGUACACCCCUUCGCUGUGGUGGGCGGUGUAACCUUAGAAGUAGUAAUAGCAAAAUACUGGGCGAACAUAGGAUCACUAGAAACCGAGUAUACCAUCGAGCUGCACGGGCUGAAGCCCAGCUGUGGCCCAAAGCUGCGAUUGUUAGCGUCCGAAGGCCCGCGAGGGACGUCGUUGACGUCACUGCGAAUGCAAGACGCCCAGCCUAACGCUACUCUGAAAUACAGCGAACCAGUUAUUAGGCCGUCGGAAUCAAAAUUGUCGCCGCUAACAUCUAGAGAUAUAGUCCCUCCUAGCAGGCAGAUCUAUCAACUUAUCAACACUUACAACUUCCACAUCGCAAAGGCUACCGAGGUAUCACCAAUAGUAUCGCCACUAUGUGACAUGUUAUACGAGUCGGAGUUUGAAGCGCAGAUGUGGAUGUUAUAUAACAGCUGUAAGCAGCUCAUGUUUGUAGGGGAUGCGUAUCCUUCCAAGUAUUCAGUGAAACUCGAGAAGGGCGACUACGUGCUCCGAUUGAACAUACGUCACGAGAACAGAGCGUUGUUAGAUAAGCUGCAAGAGUUACCGGUGGCGAUACAGCAGCGGCUACCGCAGCCGAUCUCGCUGGACGCGUACUGUACUAGAGCUCAGGCUCUGACCAGUGGCAAGAAAUUCAGCUCAGCAGCCGUCCCCAGUGGCAGUAUUCUACCGGUUUACUUCGCGCCAGUGCCUUCCGACAAAAUCAGCCGUUCCAACCUAACCAUAGGCCACACCCUAACCGGCACAGUCACGUUCGCCAAAGACGAGCUAGGCCGCAAGGUAGACUCCUACGAGUUGCAGUAUGUGGUCUGUGAACCGCCCAAGAGGACCACCAACAACAAUAGGGACAAGGAGAAGACGAAACCGGGCGAGGACUAUAUGGAGGCCAGCAAAGAGUUUAUGACCAACUGGUUGACUAAAUUAGAGGGUGACAAAUUAGAGCAAGUCUAUGAAGAAGUAUUAGAAAAGUUCCCGGGAUACCUCGGGGCACAUAUUGCAUAUUUACACGGCAUCGACUCGCCUACGGAUCCUAAAAAACUCCCCAACGCCGACGAAGAAACCGACGUGACGACGGCAUGGUGCGAGCAGCUCAUCACCACAGCGGACAAGGUGAUCAAGCAGAUCGACCAGGAGAAGCUGCUCGCGUAUCUAGGCAUGAAGAACGAUACUAGGAGCGACGCCACGAAAAUUAAACAGGAGCAUGAAAAACAACGCGGCUACCUGAUCGACGCGCUGUGCAGAAAAGGUACCGCGCUGUGCCGCCUCAAGGCUCUAGCGCAGAGCCCCGCCGCCAAGGACAAGCUACUGGCGCAGCUCACUGCCAAUAUGGCCGAUUUGCUCAAGUUCACCGACCUCACCGAUGCCAAGGCGAUCCACUACGGCGUUUGGCACUGCUUCACCCUCAAGCACUGGGGCCGCGCGAUCAAGCUCCUCUCCAAGAUCCAAGAAGACCGACCGUCCCGCGAGGUGGAAGAGCGCCUCGUCCAGGCGUACCAACAGCUCGGCUGGGACUACCUAGUCAAGUACACGCAGUUGUCCAUACCGAUCAAGUACCCUAGUAGCUACCGUCCGUUCUAAAUUUUAGCUGUACCAAUAUCCAAGAUUAUCGCCUCCUGAAAUACGGUAGAGACAUACAAACGGGAGGCGUAGCCGAGAUUAUAAUUAGAGAUGCAACGGAUAGUUGUUAGGCCGGAUACCGGAUACCGGAUAUUCGGCCUGACCUUCGGCCGAAUAUCCGGUAUCCGGCCGCCGAAUAUUCGGCCAGCGUAACUAUACCUACAUUUCGGUUUUUUACAGUUUACAGGUGCGCAUUCUUCAGGUUUGACCUGUUUCCUAGUCAACGUUCGCGCGGACACAUUUCUAGGUUCGAAAUGAGUGCGCGUGCAAGUCAGUGGAAUGUUUUAAAAUAAUAAACAAGUACGAUUAUGACCAAGACUGUUUCUUAAAUCCAAUUAGUUUACUCCGAAAUCAAGCAAUGUUACUAUCCGGUAUCUGGCCGGAUAGUAGGUCACUAUCCGGUAUCCGGACGGAUAUAAUCAUGGCGGGAUAGACCGGAUACCGGAUACUAACCGAAUAUCCGGUGCAUCUCUAAUGAUAAUCGUAUAUCGACAAAUGCCAGUCGAAAAGUAAAUAUAUGUAGGGUGUGGUACGAAAAGUGGCGUGAUUAUUUUCAUAAGGUGGUGGUACUGGUGCUCGACGCGGUCCCAGUACAUGUCAUCUUGAAACUUAAGUCAUUGUCAAUAGAGGUGACGACAGCAAGGUGUCAUCUAUUGGGCAUUAGCAUGUCGAUCACCAGUACCUCCACCUUCGUUAUUUUAAUUUCGUUUGACGUUUUCUACAAACGAUUCUUACUUGGCUAGACCUUCUCGGCUGGUAUUACCUAAAAUAAUUGAACAUAAAUUAUAAAUAUACAAUUUAAUUAUGUGACUAAAAACUGACUUCCUAAAGCUCUCGUUUUCUAGGAUAGCGUAAUACAGCGGUGAAUAAUGUCACUAGAACGUAGUCUAUGUAAACAAAAUGGCGCGGUUUCCUCUAGGAAGUCGGUGAUUGAAGGAACAUUGUUUUUGCGUCCGUAAUAUUACGGCCGCUGUAUAACGGCAGCGCUAUCCUAGGAAACCAGAGCUUAAGCGUAAAAAUGCGAUCACGUUUGGGUUUUUAAAUCCUGUGUCAAUAAUCUACGAUUAGAAAUUCAAAGUCUAUUUUUGAUUCAUUUAUCAAUUGACAAUCUUAAUCGCCAUCGCCAAUAAAACGCACAAAAUUUAGCUUAGUGCAGAAGUUAUAUCAAGCUCGUUUCAAAUAUAAUAUUUAUGUAAAACAGUAAUUAUUAACCUUUCAUCUGUCUAAGCACUCGAAUUAAAAUCCUCUGUUUAAUACAAUAGGUUUAAAUUCGUUCGCACUGAUCAGUGCUUAGACAUACGAAGGGUUAGGGUCAGUGCUUGUACAUUUUCGCACGAGCUUGUGAAGGUUACCAUUCAAUGCCUAAUACUCGAGACGUAUUAACUAUUAUGAUUUCAUUUUAUACGUAUUUGCAACUUAAAAUAAAUUAUGUAUUGUAUGCAUCCCAAGUAUUAUGCAUUGGCUUUUAAUGAAAUAUUGAAUGUACAUAUAUACCUUAUUUUAUUGUACACACCAUAAACCAUUAUAUACACACAAGAUAUAUCCAAAUACAUAUUGUUCAGUAUUGCUAGCGCAAAAAUAUAUUACCUGAUAUGCCAGUUUCAGUGAUUUUCCUUUACUUCCAAAAAUGGAAACCCAAGAUUCUAACGAAGUAUAGAAAAAUAUAACAACAUGUUCAAUACAUGAUGCACACAUAUAUUUAAAUACAAGAUUAAGUAGAUAAAAUAUUACCUGCCCAUAUAAUAAAACAUUAGACAUAGCAUUGUAAGCAUUGAUAUGAUACCUAUAUGUGACGUCCCACGGGUAAAGGUACCUUAUGGUGGUUGGCGCUUACGCUAUUAUUAACGCCGCUCCAAUAUUAUUGCGGCGCUAUGCGACGUAAGCGCCAGCCGCCAUAAAGUACCUUUUGCCGUGGAACGUCACAUAUUGUAGGUUAGUUAUGGAAGUACAUGUUAUCAUUGAAGUGUUCAUGAGGUAUUUAGACUUUACGCUAAGCUCAUUAGACCCACUUGCACCAUUCCACUAACCCGGGAUUAAUCAGUUAAACCGUUAUCCUAAUGUCAAAUUGUACUGGUAACCAUGGUAACGCCAGGUUUAACCGGUUAACCCCGGGUUAGUGGAAUGGUGCAAGUCGGCCUUAGAGUAUAAUUUAUCUUUAAAUCGUUUUCGUGUCACCUCUUCACUGCAUUUGAUUGUAAUAAUCAGUGAGCAGCACUGACUGUAUUCCGAGUAGAAAUCUUAUUCUAAAACUUAAAAAAUCUUAUUUAACCUUUUCGACGCCGUGUCAAACACAAAAGCUGUCACCCGAACGCCACGUCACCGAAGUGUCAAAACUGAAAUUGAAUAUGCACGUAGGUCUUUGUUGCUCUGUGGUUUGUGACCGAUUCAUCCGUAUUUGGCGUUGGACCUGCGGUGCGGAUAUAACGGUCAUUGGCGUCCAAAAGGUCAAAAUAACACUCAAUAGAAUUACUUUGUCGAACAAGAUCGCGGCAUUUGAGCCAUGUCAAUAUUAAGAUUUCUAUAUUUCCACUCUGUAUCCCGUGGUGUGGCACCUUCAGUGCCGAUCACUGUUAAUAAUUGACUAAAGGUGACAGUCCAUUUCCAACGACAGCUGCACUACUGUUCAUUUUACUAUGGAAAUUGGCAAUAACAGCGACGCGUUCAGUACCGGUAGUGCAGCUGCGGUUAUAAAUGGAAUGUUACCAUUACCUAAUAAUCUUUUAUUGCCUUUCCAUUUAUAUACCUAUUAUGUUAUCCAAUACUUUAAUUUUAGACGAGAUGUAAAGUCGGGGUGCUUUUUGUUUAUGCUCAAACACUUAUUAUUUGUAAACAUUCAACAUGUUUCUUAUAUUGUUAAGAUUAUAUUUUACACCGUAAAUAACAUUGUUCGUAAGAAAACUUGCCAGUAUUGUGACAAAAGUUAUCUUAAUAUUUUUCAUUGUUCUAUCAUAAUUUAAUUUCAAUCGUUUCUGAUACCCUGAUUAGUUUCAUUAGUUACUUUGUUUACAUUUAAUUAUAUCUGACAAUAUUUAUCAUAUUAUAUAUACUUAGGGCAUACCUACUGAAUAUUUCUGGAACUGGCCACUUAGAAAAAAUAUGUCGUCUCAUAUAUCAGAAUCCAGAAACUUUCAGAAUGGCCCACGUAAUGCAAUCGACCCUUAAGUUAUAUUUUACUGUCGAAAUUGUAAACGAAUGACCUCACUAGUGUAAUAAAAAUGUAUAUUGUAUUACACCGAAUCGAAAAUUAAGCAAUAUUUUACAUAGAAUAAUAAAUGCAGUUUCAUUGUUACGCGUGAAAUCGGAACUUACAUCUGCCAACAUAAACACGAUUUUAACCAACCUUGGGUCUUAUGUCUUGGACAUAAGGUUUACGAAUUGCCAGUUAAGAGUCACACAAGGCCGCUCUCAUAUAAACGAAGAUACUCUCUCAUUUUAACCUCGUAAGACCCACCACAGAAAGUUUUACAAUUUUCAAUUUGAACCUUGUUCUGUAUGUAAUUACGAAGGAAUUUCGUUUGUUUUAAAACGCAAUAAAACAAAAGAAAUAUUACUUUACUUGUUUCAGGAAAGAUUUAAAUUACAUUGCACUGAAUAUGUACAGUCAAGGAAUUUAAAUUCCGACCCAUUUCGUACUUUGUCACAGUGACAACCGUAUGAGGUUUCUAGCGGCUUUCAUAUUGAUAAUCACUGUGACAAAGUACGAAAUGGGUCGGAAUUUAAAUUCCUUGACUGUAUAUUUAGACUCCAAGGUUAAAAUGGCAUGCUUAAAUUACUUACCUACAUGAAAUUUUGCACGAACUUUUAAGUACCUACUUACCUGUGUUUGUCGCGCAGAACUUUUACAUACUUACAAAAUGUCUACUCGAUCAAUUUCUUUUAUACUUAACGAGACUAUAGUUCGUUUUUUUUAGCAUUAGAAAUAAGGUAAACAAUCUUGAUGUGUCUUUUAAUUAAAAAACACAUUUUAAAAAUAAGUUACGGCAAAUAUGUAACAAUUAUGAAUCUAAUAAGAUCAUUUGUAUUCUUCUGCUUUCAUUAGUAAUAGUUUUUGAUUUUUAAAAAGCGUUUUUCAAUUAAAAGACAUGUCAAGAUCGCUUACCUUCUUGCAACUUCUUUCUAAUGCUAAAAAAAACCUUUAUACUUAACGAGACUAGGAGCAGACAUUUAAUUGUUACUUUCAAAUUUCCUGUUAUUCCAGAAUGUUUUAAAAUGAGAACGCUCGGUUGUACGCCGGCGGCUAAACUCCUGUUACUGUGUGGACAUAUACAUAGUACACAGUCCCAAAUUCAAUCUAUAUCUGUUAUAGUAUUACAUAAUAUUGCGCCAAUUACAAUAAGUGCACCAUACAACUUUAAAGUUGUAUCAAGCAUCAUUAUUUUGCAAUAAGAUCCAUAUAUUCAUAAAUAUGUGUACCCUUACGUGUGUAUAUGAGAGCGCAAUUGAUAAAAUACAGUUAAAAAUAUAAUGGAAACUUUAUAAAUUGACAUUUAUAUUCUUAUUUGUGACGUUCCACGGCAAAAGGUACCUUAUGGCGGCUGGCGCUUACGUUGCAUAGCGCCGCAAUAAUAUUGGAGCGGCGUUCAUAAUAGCGUAAGCGCCAACCGCCAUGAGGUGCCUUUACCCGUGGGAUGUCACAUUUUAUUUGCCUCUUGGGUCCAUCCGUUUUCCAGUCAAGGUCAUAUGUCUAGUAUAAGGGACGCAAAUAUGCGUUAGAGAACAAGUAGUAUUUGCUAUCUCGUUCCUCUGUAUACAGCGUCCUUAGCUUCAAAACUCAAACAUUUAUUUAGCAAAUAGACCGCAAGGGCACUUUUACACGUCAAUAUGCAAUUUACAUACAACCAAUUUACAUAAAUAAUCAACAAUUACAAAUUACAAUUGCAAAUAUUAAUUCAAUAAAAUAACAUAAUUACUUAGCUUAGAGAAUAGAGAUGUAUAAACUCUCUAUAUGUCGAAUUACACAAAAAUAGGCAGGGUAAAGCCACCACCACCGCCACCGGUUAAUAACUGGCCACCCUAAACUAAAAAUGAAUUCUAUUCACCUAUAACAUGUUACACAAGUACAAGAAACAUCUUAGUACAAGGUUUCUAUAAUUGGCCACUUUUCAUUAACUAGCCACUUUAUACUAAAAUUAAUUCCGUUUAUAGGUGAAUAACAUCCAUUUUUAGUUUAGGGUGGCCAGUAACUAAUCGGUGGCCAGUUAUUGACGAAUUACCCUAUUACUAUAGUUUAAAAUACAAAAAAUCUAAAAUUCUUUUGAGGUGUAAAUGUCUCUGUGUAGCAGCGGUGUCAGCAGUGUCCCCUAGAUUGGUCUUGGCUCAAUAAAUGUUUUAGGCAAAUUAUGUAUACAGUGUGGCAUCUUUUAUGUCGCUAUAAUACACGCAUAGCGUUUUCUCGCUCAAAUCGCAUCCAGUGUGAUAACCGCCGAAGUUUCAAAAAGUGUCACCGAAACGAUGGAGCGCUUAAAAGUGGCCACCGGUUUAAUCUUCGACUUGAACGUAGACCUUUUGGGUACUAAGUUGCGUUACUAUGUAAAAAUAGUAUAUCGCCUUGAAGUCAUAUAAGGUGCUUACCACAUAGUCAAUCACGUUUUAAACUUGUGGGUUUUAGUUUGGCAAAUAUAAUGUUAUAAACGGGUCGGCCGUUCUCUGAAAGUAUUCUUGAUGUGACGUUUGUACUACCACUUUUUAUUAAACAAAUUCUGUAUGAAGCAAUCGACCCACAUGUAUUAAUAUUUUAUUUAUGCCUAUAUUGUCAAAUGUAAUUGAAUUUUAAUUGAAAUACCUAUGUAGUUUUUCGAUUCACGUAUUAAUUUCCACAUAGAGCAAUAAUUAAACUUAUUUGUUGUUAUUGUAUAUUUAAACUCUGUGGUUGUUGAGGAGCCGUUAAGAUGAGCUGGGUGCGUAGCCAACAUCAACAUAUCACGAACUCUUUUCUAAACUAAAACCCAUUAGAUGUCCUUGGGAGUCCCUUUGAAUCUCCCCAAAUUUAAGGAGAUUCCUAUAAUAAUGUAGUAGUUAAUAUUGUGCUUCGCGAUUAUGAUAGGCAAUGUUUUUUUAAUGAAUUGUUGAUAAGCAGAAAUAAAGCGUUUUAUGAUUAAA